UAGAGGGCUGGAGAUAGGGUGAGAAUUAUUUCCCUCUCCUCAGUCAUUGAAUCUUGUAGCCUCCUGACAGUUUAUCUUCUUCACAGUCUGGAGCUCAGGGCUGCUGCCAUGGGGGCCCUUCUGUGGCUGCUCCUCCUCUUGCUGCUUCGGGAAGUCAAAGGGGAUUCGGGAGAUGGUGUGGAUUUCAAAGAAGUGGUUGCAGUACUUCAGGAGUCCAUCAGCCUUCCCCUGGAAAUACCAUCCUCUGAAGAGGUUGAGGACAUCAUUUGGUCUUCUCACAUAAUGCUUGCCAUUGUGGUGCCAGGGGAAGAGGGACAUCCAGCUACUAUCACGGUGACCAACUCUCACUACCAGGGUCGAGUGAGCUUCCUGGAUCCCAGUUACUCCCUGCACAUCAGCAACCUGAGCUGGGAGGACUCAGGGCCUUAUCAAGCUCAAGUUAACCUGAGGACAUCCCUAAUCUCCACCACACAGCAUUACAAUCUACGUAUCUACCGACGGCUGUCGGAACCACGCAUCACUGUGAACUCUGAGAUCUCUGAGGAAGGUUCCUGUAAUAUGUCCCUGACAUGCUCUGUAGAGAAGGCAGGCCUGGAUGUGACCUACAGCUGGAUGUCCCAGGAGGAUAGCAAUGACACAGCACAUGAAGGCUCUGUCCUCCACACAUUCUGGAGGCCUGGGGACAAUGCCCUCUCCUACACUUGCAGGGCCAGCAACCCCAUCAGCAACAUCAGUUCCCGUCUCAUCCCCGUUGGGACCUUCUGUGCAGAUCCUGGCUACCCUUUGGAGAAGGCCUCAGAUUCCUUCUGCCUCCUGACCAAGGUAUUGUUCCUUCUCCUGCUCCUGAUAACUCUGGCUGUGGGGCUGUGGCUCAUCCAAGGCCAGACAAGAUGCAAGACGCCAAGGAUGAAGAAACUCAGGAGAAACAGAAUGAGGCUGAGAAAAAAAGGGAAGCCUGGCCUGGGCCUGGCCUGACUACCCCUGGGGGGGUCCCUGUCCUGACCACUGUAUCUUUCCAGAGCCCAAGGAAUCCUCCCUCUCUUCCCCAUGCUCUACUUUUCCUGGGGCCGACGGUGGGUAUCCAAAGGGCCGUACUCUCACAGCGAAGAUUGUCUGGCAGUAAAAUUGAAUUAAGUGACCGCCAUUCUGGAGGAGCUGGGUGACUCUGGCCAACCUGUGUUCCUGCCUUUGCUUCUACUCCAGGUUUCCCCUUCUAAGGCCCCAUGCUUUCCCAUGCCUGCCUUUAGGGGUGGAAGUGAGUCUUCACAAUGUGGUGUUAGUGUGUUAUUAUUUACCAUCUAUCUCCUUCCCCACCAACACGUAAAACAUUUUACACUUUAAAUAAGAAAAGCGAGAGAUUUCUUCUAAUUUUACUAAAUCCGUGACUCCUCAAUGAGAGCAUUGCAGGAACUGAGAGCCCUACGUGGGUGUAUUGUUCCUGCUAAGAUUCUUCUGCUCUCACAGCUCUAUUUCCACCCUGGCAGAGGAGUUCACUUAACUACCCCCAUGCAACCCACCCCCAUCUAGAAGCUGUGCUGCCUGGGAGACAGGAAACCAUUAGUGCAGUUCUACUCUGGGUCUGAGUGAGCCCCGGACCUUUCAGUCAUCUCUUUGAUGCCAGGAGCUCUGGGUCUCUGGUGCCUACCACAGAGGGGUGAUAACUCAGCUGAAUCAAUAGCUAAGGUCUGGACCCUUGACCUCUGUUUGUGGUUGGUGUUACUGUCUUGUCGGUCCUUGCUCUGUAGAUUUCCAUGUCUCAGACCUCUCUGGACUCUUGUCCUCGUUAAUGCCCACCCCUUACACACUA